ACGACGUUGAUCCACCGACGAUGAUCCUGUUCCGAGCCGGCUCGAUCCUGGGCCUCCUGAUUCUGGUGAGCGGCUUCCGAGAGUACGAGAGGAGAGACCUGCUCGCGCUGCGCGAGGAGGUGCGCACCAUGUUCGAUUACGCGUACUCGAGCUACCUGACCUACGCCUACCCGUACGACGAGCUGCGUUCGCUCAGCUGCGACGGCUUCGACACCUGGGGCAGCUUCUCCCUCACUCUGAUCGACGCCCUCGACACGCUCGCGGUGAUGGGCAACUUCACCGAGUUCCGGCGCGUCGCCGAGAUAAUAAGCGCGCGUGCCAACUUCGAGGCCAACAUCAACGUCUCCGUGUUCGAGACGAACAUCCGGGUGGUGGGCGGAUUGCUAAGCGCCCACCUGCUCUCGCGCAAGGCCGGCGUCAAGCUGGAACCGGGCUGGCCCUGCAACGGUCCUCUGCUGCGUCUCGCCGAGGACAUGGCCAAGAGGUUGAUCGCCGCGUUCGACACGCCCACCGGCAUGCCGUACGGCACGGUGAACCUCAAGUACGGGGUGCCCGAGGGCGAGACUAGCAUCACCUGCACCGCCGGCAUCGGCACCUUCCUCCUGGAGUUUGGCACUCUCUCCAGACUGACCGGCGAUCCGCUCUACGAGGAGGUCGCCAUGAACGCGAUAAAGGCGCUGCACUACUACAAAUCCAACAUCGGCCUGGUCGGCAAUCACAUAGACGUGUUGACCGGCCACUGGACCGCUCAGGACUCCGGCAUCGGCGCCGGGAUCGACUCGUACUUCGAGUACCUGGCGAAGGGCACCUUGCUGUUCCAGGACCCCUUGCUGGCCUCGAUAUUUCAGGAGCACAGGAAUGCCAUAGAGAAAUACAUCCGCCGGGAGGACUGGCACCUCUGGGUCUCCAUGACCAAGGGCCAGGUGACCCUGCCGGUCUUCCAGUCCCUGGACGCCUAUUGGCCCGGUGUGCUCAGCCUGUUCGGCGAGAUCGGCGACGCGAUGAAGUCGCUGCACAAUUAUCACCGCGUGUGGAAGCAGUUCGGCUUCACCCCGGAGUUCUACAACAUACCGCAGGCCGAGGCGGGGACCAACAGAGAGGGCUAUCCCCUGCGCCCGGAGCUGAUCGAGUCCGUGAUGUAUCUUUACAGAGCCACCAAGGAUCCCUACCUGAUCCAGGUGGGCGUCGACAUACUGAGGAGCCUGCAGCACAGCGCCCGGACCGCCUGCGGCUACGCGACCAUCAACGACGUACGGGACCACCGCAAGGCCGACCGGAUGGAGUCCUUCUUCCUCGCGGAGACCACCAAGUACCUCUACCUCCUCUUCGACACCGACAACUUCAUCCACAACACCGGCUCCGAGGGGGAGAUCAUCGACACGCAGUGGGGCCAGUGUGUGGUCGACGCUGGCGGGUACAUCUUCAACACCGAGGCCCACCCGAUCGAUCCCGGCGCCUUGUACUGCUGCCGGCCGGCCCAGGAGAUCUUCCCGGACAAGAAGCCGACGCUCAAGAGGUUCCUGCCCGUGCACCAGCCGUCGUACAGCGACGUCUUCGCCUCGAGCGAUCAUCAUCACGAGGACAAAGUCAACAGCCUCGGGCUCUCGCCGAUCACGAUCGCCAAGCUGUCCGAGAUCAGGUAUUACCCGGCGAGCAAGCGAGAGGAAGCUCUCAACGAGAGCUCCUCGGCGAACAACUCCUCGGGGACGACAGCGGCCGAGGAGGUAGCGGGAGCCGACGGGUCGAAUCGCAGCGCCGACGUUCAACUGCCCACGGCGAUGCAGAUCCUCGCUCCCUCGACGAUCUACAAAGCCGACGACAGCGAGCCGGUAUCCGACGGCCUGGAGCCGCCCCUCCCGGCCAACGGACAGUACGGUAACCUGCUGAACGCGACGCCGAGCCCCCCCAAGAGCAGAUUCGAGCCGCAGAUACUGCUGGAGAACAUCCGGCGCGGCAACCUCUACCCGACCAACGUCACGGCGAGGCAGAACUACCAGACCCUCUCCUGCCAGGCUCAACCAUUCCUGCAACGAAUAUCGAUUAUAGGGGAAUUUUUCUAAGCGACGGCAUCCCGAUGGUGCUGUGCACUACCGCGAGGAAUCUGUUCUCCGGAUCUCUCGUUUCCUUUCUCCGCAUCGCGGCGCCCCUCCGGUUCUUUCCUCAGCUGAACUGCCCGCAGCACCGGUUCGAGUAGUUUAAGGACACAUCGAGGUAUACGAAGCGUUUGCACGAGAUCCUCACGUCUCAGUGUGCCGAUAAAACGUUCAUAGGCGACUCGUACGGCAGGAAUGUUCGAAGGAUAUCCUUGAGACGUCCAAGAGAUCGUGUUCAAGUGUUUCUGGACUUCUCUAGAAUGUCGCUUGAACAUUUGUACUGUGUAGGAAUGUUUCCAAUUUCUUCCCCCACUCGAUUUUGUAUCCAAUUCUGAUAUCGGAUUGAGGUAUUUGUCACGUGCUGAUUAGAAAUAUCAGGUCUUAAGGUAUAGCAAUUUGCCGUUUCAAAGAAAGCUUCAAGGAUUUCAGUCCUGACAGAUGGCAAUUAAACGUGUCCCUGUGAUUGAAACGUUAAUAAUAUAUGUGUGUUUAUUAAGAUGCUUAUCAAUAAACGUAAUAAAAUCACAAACUAACUAAACGUUUUUCUUUUUUCGUCUAUUAUAUUAUUUCAUAUGUUGAAAAGCAUCUUAAUAAAGAAAAAGACAGGAAUAAUAUGUCGGGAUUGAAUCUUUCGGAGCCCAUUUUCUCUGCAACAUUAAUUGGCUACAUUUUAAGAUGUACAUAUUUGUAAUCAGAUCGACGAGUACUUUAAAAAGAUACAAAAAUUGGGUACAAAAUCGAGCGGGUAAAAAUGGGGAACAUCUUGGCAAAACUUUUUCCUCAACUAACACAGCCAGUUCAACUAAAAAUGGCAGACCGUAAAUUUCGCAGAGCCCCCUUUUGCGCGGGUUACGUUUGUACUUUAGGAUAUAUUCCUGUGAUAAUAGUUGCUGUAUAACUUUUAAUAAACAUAGGGUCUGUAAAUAAUGUACAUGAGUCGCGUUAUACAAUACAUGUGAGAGUAUUUUAAAAA